UCAAUUUAAAUGAUUUAUUGUUUGAUAUUUACUGCGACAAAUUUGAAAAAAUGUCAAACUUUGAAGUUACAUGUACCAGCUAAAUCAUGGCAGGACUUUUAACAAAGGAAGAAGAAAGAGAAAUCAGAGAAACUUUCGCCUUGUUUGAAGCUGACGAAACUGGGAAUCUAUCAAGAGAUGACGUAGCAAAAGUUGUACGUAGUACAGGUUGUAAUCCUACAGAAAAAGAACUGUUAGAUAUGUUCCAGGCAAUAGACUCCGAUGGUAUGGAAAGUGAUGGCAAAAUUGAUAUAAAUGACUUUUUAUUAUAUUAUGCGAAAAAGUUGCAUGACCCAUCGAGAGAUGAAGAGGAAGAAGCAAAUGAAGCAUUUAAACAGUUUGAUCUGAAAGGAGAUGGCUCUGUAGAAUUGCAUGAACUGAAAGACAUUAUGACAAGUCUUGGAGAAGAGAAUUUUUCAGAUGUGGAGUUUCGAAAAAUAGUAAAAGAAGUUAAAGUAGACGGCGAGGGGAAAAUAUACUAUCAAGCUUUUACGAAAAUGAUGAAUGAAAAGCAGUAGAUUGAUUGACAGAAAAACUUUCACAGUAUGUGUUAAAAGUCGUGCAUUUAAAGAAUUUUUUUAAAAACGUUUAUAAAUAAUAAUAAUAAUGUAUUUUGAAUAAUUGUCAAUUUAUGAAUGAAUUUAAGACAUUUAUAUUUAA